AUGGCACAUUUCUGUAAACACAACCUGCCGUCAUUCGACGGAGUGUUUGACGUCCAAGCUGCAGAAGACUGGAUUAACCGCUUGGAGAAGAUCUUUAAAGUAAUAGAUUACCCGACAGGGUGGAAAGCCCAGAUGGCAAUUUACAAGUUAGAGAAAGAUGUAGACUGCUGGUGGAAGAAUACAAAACUUAUUCUGGAUGCUCAGAACACGAGGGUGACACGGGAAGUGUUCCUGGAGCAAUUCCAUGAGAAAUAUUUUCCGAGGUCAAUGAGGGAUGAAAGGGAAGCGGAAUUCCUGACCCUAGAGCAGAAGGAUAAUGAGCCAUUUGACGAGUAUUUAGCUAAGUUUAUCCGUCUCUCCUACUACUUCAGUUAUCUGCGUUACUGA